AUGGAGUUCAACAAACCAGCACCACUUAAAAUGACUGGGAAUAUGACGCAGAAUUUCAAAUUUUUCAAACAACAAGUGGAAAUAUAUAUGACUGCCACAGAAACAGAUGGUAAGUCUAAGGAAAUACAAGUAGCGCGUUUGUUAAACUUGAUGGGUACAGAGGCAUUAAAAGUGUACAACACUUUAGCGCCUGAAAAAGAGAAAGAUAAAGAAAUUUCUGCAAUUCUAAAUAGAAUGGAAAAAUAUUGUUCACCAAGAACGAAUGAAAUUAUGGCGCAUUAUAAAUUUUUUACGGCUAAACAAAAUGAUGAUAGUUUUGAUGUGUAUCUAACAAGAUUGAAAGAACUCAUCAAGCCGUGUAAUUUUGGUGUGCUGGAGGAUAAGUUACUCAAGACACAAAUUAUAUUGGGUAUACAAUGCAGAGAUACGUUGGAGAGGUUGUUACGAGAGGAUAUGACCUUAGAAAAAGUGGUGUCAUUCUGUCAGUCGGUGGAGGCGGCAGAAAUUAAUUGCAAAGAGUUGGGGAAAUCAGCGGAAGUUCAUCAUAUAGUCAACAAGAAGUUUUCAUCUUCAAAAUCAAAAGCAACCAUCAACAGUUGUACAAGGUGUGGUAAUACACAUUCAAUUAAUGCAUGUCCAGCUUAUGGAAAAGUAUGUAACAAGUGUAAACGAUUAAAUCAUUUUAGUAGCUUAUGUAAAUCUAAAUUUGACACAGUUCCAAAAAUCAAUAAAAAUAAUAAAAGUAAUUUUAAAAAAGAAAAUAAAAAAUUUUUUAAGCAAAAUUUAAUAAAUACAGUUGAUUCUGAAACUGAGCUUAAUGAUGAUGAUGAUUUAAUUUUUUCAAUAAAUCAAGUUAAACUAAGUGAAACAGAUUAUAAAAAAUGGUUUCAAAUAAUUUAUGUCAAUAAUGUUCAAAUUAACUUUCAAUUGGAUACAGGAGCUGAGACCAAUGUUUUGCCGUAUAAAUGGUAUAAAAUAAUUAAUACUAAAGAGCCAAUACAACAAACAAAGACUAAAAUAGAGUCGUAUGGUGGUUAUAAAUUAAGUACAAUAGGCACUGUAGUGUUAAAAUGUAAAAUUAAAGGAUUUGUCAAAAAUGUACAGUUUAUAAUAAUAGAUCAUCCAAACUGUGUUCCUAUUUUGGGGUUAAAUACUUGUAUAAGUUUAAAUCUAGUACAAAGAAUUAAUCAAUUAAAUGUUAACAAAUCAAGUAAACUUGAUAAGUUUAUUUGUACAAAUAAAGAGGUGUUUGAAGGCUUAGGUACUUUUCCUGAUAUAGUAAAAAUUAAAAUAAUUGAUGGAGUAGUUCCAAAGGCGAAUCCUCCUCGUAGAGUACCAUUAGCGAUAAAGACAAGAUUAGAGCAAACCUUAAAAACUCUUACUAAUAAACAAAUCAUAGAACCGGUAAAUGAGCCUGUAGAGUGGGUCAAUAAUAUAGUAAUAGUCGAAAAAUCAAACAAAACACUUAGAGUGUGUAUUGAUCCAAGUGAAUUAAAUAAGUACAUAGUACGAGAAUUUUAUCCAAUUCCUACUUUAGAAGAAAUCAUACCUAAAUUAACGAAUAAAAAUAUUUUUUGUGUUUUUGAUCUGAAAGAUGGGUUUCAUCAAUUAAAGUUGGAUAAAAAAUCCAGUGAUUAUUGUACAUUUAGCAGUCCUUUUGGAUGCUACAAAUUUUUGAGAGCUCCAUUUGGAUUAGCCUCUAUACCAGAAAUUUUUCAAAAAUUAACCAAUAAAUACUUUGGGGAUAUAGACAAUGUAACUGUUUAUUUUGAUGAUAUACUGUGUGCGACGAAUACCAUUGAAGAAAUGGAUACAACAGUAAAAGAAGUUGUAGCUAGAGCAAAAAAAUAUAACAUAAAAUUUAAUUCAAAUAAAGUACAAUUUUACCAAAAUGAAGUAAAAUAUUUAGGAUUACUGUUUUCAAAGGAAGGAAUGAGGCCUGACAAUGAUCGCAUCACAGCAAUAAAAGAAUUAGGAAUACCAAAAAAUAAAAAAGAGUUACAACAAAUAUUAGGAACAAUUAAUUACCUUAGGAAAUUUAUUCCAAACUUAUCUGAAAUAAGCUCUCCAUACAGGGAACUAUUAAAAAAGAAUGUGAUAUGGCAAUGGACUGAUAAAAAUACAGAAUUACUAAAUAAAAUUAAAAAUUUAAUAUCAGAAGCUUCAAUAUUGAAUAAUUUUGAUAUAAACAAACCAAUAGUUUUACAGUGUGACAGUUCACAAAAUGCACUAGGAUGUUGUCUGUUACAAGAUAGCAAGCCGGUGGCCUUUGCGUCUAGGUCAUUAACAUCAACUGAGUCAAACUAUGCGCAAAUAGAAAAAGAACUGUUGUCGGUGACAUUUUCCCUUUCUAAAUUUCAUAAUUAUAUAUAUGGCAGUAAAAUAAUUGUUAAUAAUGAUCAUCUGCCUUUAGUGUCCUUAAUGAAAAAACCAAUAGAUAAAAUAAAAAAUAACCGUUUGAGAAGAUUAAGAAUAAAAACUUUACCGUAUACAUUUAAUUUAGAAUAUGUCCCAGGACCUAAAUUAUUUAUUGCAGAUCUAUUGUCUAGAAAUAUAGUACAUAGACCUGUUAAUGAUGAUUCUGAAUUGACUGAAAUAGUGCAUACUGUACAAGUAGCUCCAGAAUUAAUAAUAUCAGGUGAAAAGCUUAAACUAUUUCAAAAAGAAACUCAAGACGAUGAAAUAUUAUCUAGAGUUAUUAAAUAUUAUAAAGAGGGAUGGCCUAAAAAUGUAAAUAAGAACAUAAAUGGAGAAAUAAAACAUUAUUGUAAUAACAAAGUAGAUAUAACAGUACAAGAUAGUUUAGUUUAUUUUAAUAAUAAAUUAAUAAUCCCAAAAAAUUUAAGAAAAACCAUACUUAAAUUACUUCAUGAAACACACUUAAGUGCUCAAAAACAAAAAUCUCUAGUCAAGUCAAUAUUUUAUUGGCCUGGUAUUAAUUCAGACAUAUUAGGUUUGGUUGAAAGUUGUAAUAUUUGCCAGAAAUUUAAAAGAAACCAAAUCAAACAAACUUUGAUAAAUCAUGAAAUUCCAAAAUUACCAUUUAUCAAAAUAGGAUUGGAUAUAGCAGAGUUUAGAGGUUUAAAUUAUUUAGUAGUAGUAGAUUAUUACUCUCGAUGGCUAGAAAUUAUAAAAAUAAAGCAAAAAGACACCAUGACUAUAAUCUCUAAGUUAAAACCAUUGUUCAGUAAAUUUGGUAUACCAAUGGAGGUAAUUGCUGACAAUAUGCCAUGUGGUAGUGUGGAAUUUCAAAGAUUUGCUAAGGAAUGGGAGUUUGAGGUAAAAACGUCGAGUCCUCAUUACCCGAGGAGCAAUGGUCUUGCUGAGAAAGGAGUUGAUAUCGCUAAAAAAAUGAUACAAAAAAGUAAUGAGGAUAAUCAGGAUCUUGAACUCUAUCUAUUAAAUUAUAGAAAUUCUAAAGUAGCAAAACUAGAUUAUACUCCUGCACAGUUGUUACUUAAUCGUCAUUUACGUAGUAAAAUCCCAAACACAUUUUAUAAUAUGUUGCCAAAGUUAAAUUUAGAUGCACAUAAUCAUAUGAUAAAAAACCAACAAAAACAAAAAAUAUAUUAUGAUAGAAACGCUGUAAAGAAAGAAAUUGCAUAUAAUAAGGGUGAUAAAAUUUAUGUACAAAACUAUAAAACUCAAAUUUGGGAGAAGGGUGAGAUUGUUGAAAAACUGAAAACUCCUAGGUCUUAUAAAGUCCAGAUGGAAAAUGGCAAAAUAUUGAGAAGAAAUGUGAUUCACAUAAGAAAAAGGAAAGUUUUAAGCUUAGAAGGAUCUACAACUUCACCUAUGUACAUAGAUAAACAUAAACCUAUAAAGGAAAAAAGCAAAAUUCCUACACCCAUAACGACAAGGUCGGGUAGACAGGUUAAAAAACCAGUUAGAUUAGAAUAUUAA